GCUAGCGUGCCAAGAUUUCGAGCCUUUGCGAUAGCCACAAUAAUUUUAUGAAAUAUUUCGGAUAAGGUGAUAGAUGCAGUUUGAAUUGAGUAUUUUUGAAGCCAAUUCAACAACGUCCGAAAUCAGCAAUGGCGACAAAUACUAGAAAGAGAACAGGAGAUGCUUCUCUAGAGCUUUCUACGAAAAGAUUACGAAUUGAUGCCUCGAGUUCUCUGCCAGCGGCAGACAUAAUCGAUGGUGAUAAUGAUAAUGAAUACAAGCCGGAACAAGAUCAAAUCUCGGAGGAGGAGGAAGAUACUAUGGAAGCAGCAGAUACACCGAAUACACCAUUUUCGCCUGUGCCUGGCAAGAAAUUUCCUUCCGAGUAUAAGACGAUAAAAUGUACUUAUGAAGGAUGUACAAAAACAUUCAAUCGACCUGCAAGAUUGGCAGCACAUCUACGAUCACAUGCAAAUGAAAGACCAUUUAUAUGCUCAUAUGAAGGGUGCGACAAGGCAUAUAUUGAGGAAAAACAUUUGAAGCAACAUAUCAAAGGAUCUCAUACUCACGAACGAGAAUAUACAUGUGACUGGGAAGGGUGUAGUAAAAGUUUCUUGACGGCUACAAGGUUAAGAAGGCAUAAGGAUGCUCACGAAGGCCAUGAAAGGUUCAGAUGUACAUCAUAUCCUCCCUGCAAUCAGACGUUUCGAAAACAUCAAACACUUCAACGCCAUAUUCGCUCCGACCAUCUCGAUUUAGCUCCAUUUCCAUGCACCUAUAUCGAUCCGGUUACGAAUGAACUUUGCAAAGCAGGAUUCGAUGCGUCAGGUGGUCUCAAAAAGCACAUGGAAAGAACUCAUGGAGCAGCUACAUUUCUAUGCGAAGAAUGUACAGUACCGGGGAAAUUCCACGAAGAUGGCACACCAGUACCGUUAGCUUUCACAACGAAUGCCAAAUUACAAGCACAUAUCAAGAAAGAACAUGCAAAUUGUAUGUUCUGUGAUCGAAAAUGUUCCAGCCAACAACUACUUCAAAAACAUAUCGAUACUCAACACUCGGGCACUACACUCGAAGAGCGUAAGAAUAUACCUUGUGAAUAUCCAGGCUGUCCGAAGACUUUUACCAAGAGAGCAAACUUACAGGUUCAUAUGCGGACUGUACAUGAUGGACAACGCUUUAUUUGUGGAACGUUUGAUGUUUCCCAAAAUCCCGACCUCGCGUCUUGGAAUGGAAGCGAUUCAUGUGGUAAAGAUUUCGUCUCGAAAGUUAACCUUGAAGAUCAUGUUCGAACACAUCAUCUCGGCUUAUCCAGCAUUUUGAAUGCGAGGGGUAAACGAAAGACUGAUUCACAAGCUAGGCGUUCUACGAGAAGAGCACCCGAGCAAACCGAAAUUGAGGAGUUAGCGGGUUAUGAUCCCAGAAGAACAAUUGACUGUGUAGUUCAGGGAUGUCCUCACAAAUUCAUGAGAGAUUAUGACUUCCAUGAACAUAUGAGAAUCCACCAUCAGGAUGUCGGUUUUAUGGAUGGUCAGAAUGAUAUGAAUCUAAAUAUCGAUAUGGGCAUGGUGGACCAUUUCCCCUAUACAGACACUGGAGGAGAAUUGCCAAGUCUAGAUUUCAUGACUGAUGGCACGGGGAUGGAUAUGAACGCUUUAGAUAUGGGGAUGGAUUUGAUCGAUCCGGCAUUACAUACACCCAACUUCAAUCUUGAAGCAUCAACAUCAGCAUCGGGAUCAGCAGCAGCCUCCAUAGCACCUUCACUUAACGGAUGGGACACCGCAGAUGUAGCUGCUGAAAUAGAUUUGGAUUGGGAUUUUCAAAGACAGGUAUUAGAAGGAGGCCGAUUUUGGAUUGGUGGAGAUGAACAGCAGAUUCCUGAGGGCUCACAUGAUUGGUCACGAGACCAGGCAGAGAUGAGGAGUUUGAUUGAUUGAUAGAUGCUAUCCGAUGAAGGUCUGGUCUUUCGACCUUGACCUCUGCUUCGUCAUUGGACUUGUGACAAGUCGAAGACACAACCCCGAAAUUCACGAGAUAUCUUACAUUGGUUGCAAAGAGCUAUCCGCUGGCUUAAUACAGCGAAAACACAUUAAUACACACCCUCUUCGCAGAUCGAUUAGUUUUGGGAGUACAAUUGGGUAGCAAUGGGAAUUCAUAAAAUGAUUUUCUUACCUAGUGAGAGUGAGGAUUUAAGCGAAAGAAACCAAAGAAUCAGAGAUAGCAAGCGCUGCAUACAUCUCUACGAUGUCGUUAUAGCUGGACUAUACAUUGCAUUGUACUGCAUUGUACUAUACUUUGUUUUAUUACUACCGAAACAUAAACUUGGGGGAGAGGAAAAAGAGGUGGUGGAAAGAUACUCGCCCAUAUACCUACCCACCUUGUGAUGAAAUACAAAUAAUGAAUAAAUACAAUGAAUGAUGAAUGUUAUACAUGAUGAUAAUAAUGACACUUAAACUCUCGUCUUCAUUAUCAUCAUCAUCAUCACUAUUACUCCUCUCUUAUAAAUCGACUCUUUCAUUAAAUAGCUACUUAGUCCUCA